UGUGCAAGAGGCUGUGAGUUAUGGAGAAAAGCAUUGGAUGCUAGUUGUCAGAGUGUUUGUAAUGGAACGCAAGAGCUGCUGUUACCUAAGGAGCUGUACUGUAUAAUAGGCUGCAACGAUGCACUAAAUAGAUAUUUCCAAAGACUGAAAGAGGUGAUCGGCACACCCCCACCGCCAGCCUUGGUGGCCGAUUCACUGACUUCCACCUCGCUGAGCCUGGAGUGGGAGUGGCAGGGUGGCGGGGUGAGGGGCGUGGGUGCUACCAACAUCAGCUACCUGGUGCAGUGGCGCUACGAGCAGCUGGCAGAUACCUGGCAUUACUGUCGCAACCAGACCUGGGGCAACCACCCCACCGUGCAUGUCGACAACCUACAGCCUUACACCAAGUACAGG